AUAUUUUCUCUGCUGAAGAUAGUUGAGAGAACCCAAAAAGAUGAAAUCUUUAUUGGGUUUUAGAAAAAUCCCUUCAGGGCUUCGCCUUCGUUGCUUGAGAAACAAUAAACCCUUUUGUUCACAGUCUCGAUUUCCUCAAGAAUCUGAGAAUCCAAGUCAAGAGCAGAGACUAGUUUGCGGAUCCACUUCUGAAGAAAACCCAGUUACCUCCAAAGUGAGUCUUUUGGCUGCUAAGCCUGAACAGAAGGACGAUGCAUCUGUAAUCGACGUUCUUCUCAAUCGCAGGAACAACCCAGAAGCUGCUCUUCGGUUCUACAAUUGGGCUAGACCAUGGCGUGGAAGUUUUGAAGAUGGUGACGUCUUCUGGGUACUCAUUCAUAUUCUGGUUACUUCUCCUGAGACCUAUGGACGUGCAAGCGAUUUGCUCAUACGGUACGUUUCUACGAGCAAUCCAACUCCAAUGGCAAGUGUUUUGGUCAGUAAUUUGGUGGAUUCGGCAAAAUUAUUUGGGUUUGAAGUCAAUUCACGAGCUUUUAAUUACUUGUUGAAUGCUUAUUCCAAAGAUAGGCAAACGGAUUGUGCCGUGGAUAUCGUCAAUCAGAUGUUGGAACUAGGUGUGAUUCCAUUUGUUCCAUAUGUGAAUAGGACCUUGAGUGCUUUAGUUCAAAGGAAUUCGUUAACUGAAGCUAAGGAACUCUACAGUAGGAUGGUUGCCAUUGGUGUUGAUGGUGAUAAUGGCACAACGCAAUUGUUAAUGCGAGCUAGUUUGAGAGAAGAGAAGCCUGCGGAGGCUUUGGAGGUUUUUAGUAGAGCUAUCGAGAGAGGAGCAGAACCGGAUAGUUUACUGUAUAGUCUUGCUGUUCAGGCUUGUUGCAAGACGCUCAAUUUGGCUAUGGCUAAUAGUUUAUUGAGAGAGAUGAAGGAGAAGAAGUUGUGUGUCCCGUCGCAGGAAACGUAUACUUCUGUGAUUUUGGCUUCCGUGAAGCAAGGUAACAUGGAGGAUGCAAUUAGAUUGAAGGAUGAGAUGGUGAGUGAUGGGAUAUCGAUGAAUGUAGUUGCUGCGACAAGUCUGAUCACGGGACACUGCAAGAACAAUGACUUGGGUAGUGCUUUGGAUUUGUUUUAUAAGAUGGAAAAGGAAGGCCCCUCUCCAAACAGCGUUACUUUUUCGGUUCUGAUAGAACGGUUUAGUAAGAACGGGGAAAUGGAAAAGGCGCUUGAAUUUUACAAGAAAAUGGAAAGUUUAGGUCUUACUCCUUCUGUCUUUCAUGUCCACACGAUAAUCCAAGGGUGGUUGAAAGGUCAGAAACAUGAAGAGGCACUGAAACUCUUUGACGAGUCUUUUGAAACCGGUCUUGCAAACGUGUUCAUAUGUAACACUAUAUUAUCCUGGUUAUGCAAGCAAGGUAAGAUAGACGAAGCUACGGAGUUAUUAGGGAAGAUGGAAAGUAGAGGUAUUGGACCGAAUGUUGUUUCUUACAAUAACGUGAUGCUUGCCCAUUGCAGAAAGAAAAACAUGGACUUGGCUCGUACUGUUUUUUCAAAUAUGCUGGAAAAGGGUCUAAAGCCAAAUAACUACACGUAUUCCAUUCUGAUUGAUGGAUGUUUCAAGAAUCAUGAUGAACAAAACGCUUUGGAAGUUGUCAAUCAAAUGACUUCUUCCAAUAUUGAAGUCAACGGGGUUGUAUACCAAACAAUUAUCAAUGGUUUAUGCAAAGUUGGUCAGACAUCCAAAGCAAGAGAACUGUUGGCAAAUAUGAUCGAAGAAAAACGGUUUUGUGCGGUGGGUCUUGUCCCUGAUGAAAUCAUGUACACAGUAAUUGUAAACGGUCUUAGCAAGAAGGGACAGUUUGUAAAAGUGGUUAAGAUGUUUGAGGAGAUGAAGAAGAAUAAUGUGACUCCAAAUGUUCUUAUCUACAACGCGGUGAUCGCAGGACAUUAUAGAGAAGGAAAUCUCGAUGAGGCUUUUAGACUUCACGAUGAGAUGCUUGACAAGGGUAUUCUACCUGAUGGUGCUACAUUUGAUAUUCUAGUUAGUGGGAAAGUCGGAAAAUUUCAACCUAUACGUGCAGCAAGUUUGUAGUCUGGCAAAACCGGGCCACGUUAUUGACUGGUUACUUAGCUUUGGCUUUCCGUGUGACCCGAUAAUCUGACUGCUUAAAGGUGUGCACUUUUCAAUUUGCACUGUUUUAGUAUGGAUGUUUUUAUUCAUGAAAGAGGGAGACUUUAUACACUUUCGGUAAAGAAACUAAGAACUGCCUUCUGUUUUUGUCAAUUUUAUAAAACAUGACGAAUUCA